AUGGAUAAACUACUUCCUAGUGCUCAGACGAACUACAAGUUCAAGAAUUGGGCGGGUAUAUACUCGGCACAGCCGCAGUUGUAUUUCCAGCCGUCAUCCAUCGAAGAAGUGGUCAAAAUUGUUAAUGCUGCUCGCAGAAUCAAGAAAACGAUAGUCACAGUCGGGUCUGGCCAUUCUCCAAGCGAUAUGUGUGUCACCAAAGAGUGGCUGAUGAACUUGGACAAAAUGGAUCAGGUCCACAGCGUUGUGGAGAACAAAGAGCAGCAUUACGCGGAUGUAACGGUGGACGCUGGGAUGCGGAUCUUCAAGCUCAGUGAGCACCUUCACGAACGCGGGCUGGCAAUUCAGAACCUGGGCUCCAUCUCGGACCAGAGUGUUGGAGGAAUCAUCUCUACGGGCACUCACGGCUCAUCGCCACACCACGGCUUGAUUUCUUCACAGUAUGUGAACCUCACCAUCGUGAAUGGACGGGGGGAAAUUGUGUUUUUGGACUCAGAGAACCACCCUGAGAUUUUCCGUGCUGCCUUGCUAUCUCUGGGCAAGAUUGGGAUCAUCGUGCGUGCGACAAUCAGAGCAGUACCAGCUUUCAAGAUCAAGUCAACGCAGGAAGUGAUUAACUUUGAUACGCUAUUGAAACAAUGGGAUGUUAUUUGGACCUCCAGCGAGUUCAUCAGGUGCUGGUGGUAUCCAUACAGUGAAAAGUGUGUUUUAUGGAGGGGCAGUAAGACCAGCGAUAGCGUGGGAACCAAGGCCAGGACGUCUUGGUGGGGAAGCACGCUGGGACGUAAUGUCUACGAACUUUUACUGUGGGUGUCAGUCCGAAUCUAUCCGGCCUUGACGCCGCUGGUGGAGAAGUUCGUUUUCCAUCGACAAUUCGGAAAAGUUGAGACUUAUGGAUUUGGCGAUGUCGCUGUUCAGUCUUCUAUCGAGGGCUUGAACAUGGACUGCUUGUUUUCUCAAUUUGUAGACGAGUGGGGCUGUCCUUUGACCAACGGCCCGGAAGUGCUGCGGUCACUCCAUGACUCCAUCGUCAAGGCCGCCCAAAACCGUGAUUUUUUUGUACACGUCCCCAUUGAGGUGCGCUGCUCUAAUACAAACUUGCCGGACAAGAUACCCGACUACAGCGAUAGGACGGAGCUGAGCAAUGGUGCGGUUUUUGGAAACGUGCUUCGCCCUUACUUGGAUGCCUCUUCCUGUAAUUCUCAUUAUGCUCCACUAUCUGAAGUCAACAACAGCCAGCUAACACUGUACAUCAAUGCCACGAUAUACAGACCCUUUGGAUUCAACACCCCUAUUCAUAAGUGGUUUACACUUUUUGAAAAGACUAUGGCGGCGGUUGGAGGGAGACCCCAUUGGGCCAAAAACUUUUUGGGAUCUACUGACAUGGCAGCUGGACCAACCAAGGCCGAGCACAGCUAUGGUGAUUACGAGAUGAGAGGAAUGGCUACCAAAAUAUCUGAAUGGUACGGCGAUGAUCUUGUAGAGUUUCAAAAAAUUAGGCGCGAACAGGAUCCAGAAAACAUAUUUUUGGCCAACCGCGACUGGGCCGUCAAGAACGGCAUCGUCGAUAUCAACGAGGUCCAGUGA